CACCUACAGACUUGUGCUGUAGUAGUGUCCUUGACCAUUCUAGUUAAUGCAUGCUUACUCAAAAGUCCCUUUUAGUCAAUGGGCCUUAUUCUGAUAUUUGUAUAGGAUCACAACAACCUAAGUGUCUUCUGUGCUCUGUAUGUUGGAUUCGCUGGAUUGCAAUGUAGCUUGCUUCAGUGUUUUGCCUAACUACAGUGGUCAUCAAAUGCUAUAUAGUUGGUAAGAGAUUCUGCAGAUAUUUAGGAAAGUUUAACGUUGGUUGCAGGUCCAUUAAGAGUGCUGAGAUGAGCAAUGAACCCAGAGGGAAAAGUUCUGGGCGAGGAGGAAGUGGAUUUCAGAGGUGGCGAGGAAAAGGAGGAUGGCAAGGGAGAGGAAAAGGGCAAGGACAUGGACAGAGAGGAGACUGGAAAAAUGUAGCUGGGAAAUCAGUAUCUGCUCAGCCUCGGUUCAUUCAGACAACCCUGGAUCAGGUUACUCCGUACAGAGGCUGGAAACUUUAUUUUUCUGAAGCAUAUGAUGACAACUCCCCAUUUGUUCAGAAGACUGAAGCGUUUGAAAAGUUUUUUAUGUCUCGAAUAGAACUUUAUGAUAAGGAUGAAAUAGAAAGAAAAGGAAGUAUUCUUGUGGAUUAUAAAUUGCUGGCACAUGACAAAGAAUUAGUGGAGUCAAUACCUGAUAUUGCUUCUGAACUGAGGGAAAUGCCACUAAAAAUAUUGGACUGUAUGGGCUUGGCCAUACAUCAGGUGUUAAGCAAAGAUCUUGAGAAACAUGCAGCAGAACUGCAGGAACAAGAAGGGUUGUCCGUUGAUGAAGAGCCCAUAAUAAACGUACCAUAUAUUCAUGCAAGAGUAUACAACUAUGACCCACUUACUCAGCUGAGGAAUAUUCGAGCAAAUUGCUAUGGAAAAUACAUUGCCUUGCGUGGGACUGUUGUGCGUGUCAGUAACAUAAAGCCUAUCUGUACCAAGAUGGCAUUUAUAUGCAGUGCCUGUGGAAACACUCAGAGUUUUCCUCUUCCUGAUGGCAAAUAUACUCUUCCUACAAAGUGCCCUUUGCCUGAAUGCCAUGGACGAUCAUUCACUGCAGACAGAAGUUCUCCUUAUACAGUUACAGUGGACUGGCAGUCUAUUAAGAUUCAAGAGCUCAUGUCAGAUGAUCAGCGAGAAGCAGGUAGAAUUCCUCGCACCAUAGAAUGUGAAUUGAUUCAGGAUCUUGUAGACAGCUGUGUUCCAGGAGAUGUGAUUACUGUUACAGGCAUUGUCAAGGUGUCAAACACUGAGGAAGGAGCGUCUAGAAAUAAAAAUGAUAAAUGUGUCUUCCUGUUAUACAUCGAAGCAAACUCUGUCAGCAAUACUAAAGGACAGAAAGUCAGUAACGAUGAACAUGGCAUAAACCACCAAGCCUGCAUGGAGUUUUCACUUAAAGAUCUUUAUGCAGUCCAGGAAAUACAAGCUGAAGAGAACCUGUUCAAGCUCAUUGUCAAUUCUCUUUGUCCUACUAUCUAUGGUCAUGAGAUUGUGAAAGCUGGUUUAGUACUGACAUUAUUUGGAGGAUGUCAAAAGUAUAUGGAUGAUAAAAAUAGGAUUCCUAUUCGAGGAGACCCACAUGUUCUAGUGGUUGGGGAUCCAGGACUGGGGAAGAGUCAGAUGUUGCAAGCUGUAUGCAAUAUUGCACCUCGUGGUGUUUAUGUCUGUGGCAAUGCCACUACUACAUCUGGCCUGACUGUAACUCUGUCUAGAGACAGUUCUUCUGGAGAUUUUUCUUUGGAAGCAGGUGCCCUCGUUCUUGGAGAUCAAGGCAUUUGUGGAAUAGAUGAGUUUGAUAAGAUGGGGAAUCAACACCAGGCCUUGCUGGAAGCUAUGGAACAGCAAAGUAUCAGUCUUGCUAAGGCUGGUAUUGUUUGCAGUUUGCCAGCCAGGACAUCAAUCAUAGCUGCUGCAAAUCCAGUUGGGGGACACUAUAAUAAGGCCAAAACAGUAUCUGAGAAUUUAAAAAUGGGAAGUGCUUUAUUGUCACGAUUUGACUUAGUAUUCAUACUGCUGGAUAUACCAAAUGAAGAUCAUGACCACUUGCUUUCUGAACACGUGAUGGCAAUGCGAGCUAGAAAACAGUCUGGAUGCAGCAGUGUUGUAGUGACUCGUGAGGAUUCUCAGAAUUCAAAUGUAUCAGUCCUUGAAGCCCUUUCAGAUAAACCAUUAUCAGAAAAAUUAAAGGUCAUUCCAGGAGAAAACAUUGACCCAAUUCCACACCAGCUGUUAAGGAAGUAUGUUGGCUAUGCACGGCAGUAUGUACAUCCCAGACUAUCUCCAGAAGCUGCUCAGAUCCUCCAGGAAUUCUACCUUGAGCUCCGGCAACAAAGCCAAAGAGCAGAUAGUACACCUAUCACCACACGGCAGCUGGAGUCAUUGAUACGUCUUACUGAGGCACGGUCAAGGUUAGAAUUAAAAGAAAAGGCCACCAAAGAAGAUGCUGAAGAUGUCAUAGAAAUAAUGAAAUACAGCAUGUUAGGAACUUAUUCUGAUGAGUUUGGGAAGUUGGAUUUUGAUCGUUCUCAGCAUGGUUCUGGAAUGAGCAAUAGGUCACAAGCAAAGAGAUUUGUUUCUGCCCUUCAUCGUAUUGCAGAAAGAACCCACAACAACCUCUUUGAGAUUCAACAGCUUCGGCAGAUUGCAAAGGAGGUAAACAUAAAAGUAACUGAUUUUGAAAACUUCAUUGGAUCUUUAAAUGAUCAGGGUUAUUUCUUGAAAAAAGGUCCAAGAUUAUAUCAACUUCAAACUAUGUGAAGGAACCCAACAGUGGACGAAAAUGUUGAAGUAACUGAUUUGUUCGAACGUGAUCAAUAGAACAUGACAUAGUACUAUAUUAAUAAUAAUAUCUUAAUCAAGGCAGAGAUGCAAGACCCUUCUAAAAAUCCGUACUUUCUGUUACACUAAGUGACUUUAUUUCACAUAAAUGCAGAGACUACUCAAAUAGGGUAAAGUCGUAUUGGAGAAAAUGACUUCAGCUGCCAUUUGGAAGUCAUGUAAGUUUCAUUACACCAAUGAGUUUUAACAUGUUUCAUCUUCAAAAGUCCACUGCAAGAAAGAAUGUUAAUGCAAGAUGUUUAAUUGCAACCACAAGGAUUUAAAAUACACUUUCAUGUUGCAUACUGCAGUAAACACACAGGCUCAAUUCAGACAAGCAGAAACAAGUGUGUAUUUGUAUUCAUAUGAAGCUUCCUUUUCAUUUUCUAUCUUUGUUGUAAUUGUAGCUUACUGAUUCAAACAAUGAUGGUUACCAUUAAACAGGAAGCCAUGUGUGAGGGGGAGUUUGAAAGUGCGUAAUUCAUUCAUUAUUCUUGUCUGAAUUGCGUGAUUGCUUUUGAAAGUGUCCAGUUUGGAAACUCAGGCAUACCAAUAGUCAACUUCUUAAAAGUUAACGUUACUAGUUAGAAUACUUCUGAAAGGCGAAUGACAUAAUGUUUCAAAUUAUUCAUGUUGUAAUUUUGUUUAAAACUAACAAAUAUUUGAACAAUUUUGCUUAUACUCUUAUGGAGUUACACUAAUACAGUGUUACCUAUUUUUCUUUAAAAAACUGAAAGAUCAAACUACAUUUCUGCAUGUGCUGUUGUGUAGAUUCAGUGGACUGUAAAUGAGUGUCCUUUGUAUAAAAUUGCUAAGCUGUCUUAAUGUCAUAAAAAGGGUACAAUAUUAGAUUAUUAUUUAAAAACAGCAAUAAAGUUAUAACGUUUUAUCA